UUGAUAAACCAUAGAAGCCAGUGUCUUUCAGGCCAAAUUAAUGUAUCAUAUUCUGAUCUUGAUUUUUUAAUAUAUUUUUUUACUUAAACCAUUACAUGAAGGAAUACAUCAGUAUGGUUUACAAUACGAAUACCUAAAUGUUUAAUGUAAUAACUGAUUUGACACGUAUGAGCAUAGCAGUCUUGUUAUGCCUACAAAUUUUCCGGCAAACAAGCAUCACGCCCAUUCUCUCAACUACGGUGUGAUCUCAGCCAGUGACAGCUGCGCAGCCUCAACAACACACUGCAGAUCAGGGUAUUCCGCGACUACGCGUAUUUACUGGAGUUAUUUAUUUAAUUGAUGUUAUAUAAUAGUAACUGACAAAGCACACACCCGUCCUCUACCGACAAAACGGACUCUAGCAAUGCAGUAAGUAGGCCUAUGUUUAAAAAAAAAAAUUGUACAAAUAUUCAAGUAUGGGUAUGCCUGCUAUUGUUUGGAUUGUAGAACAUCUGUCGCCUAUUCAUUAACGUGUGACCGCCUUUUUGACAAGUAUAGGCUAAAGGAAAUGUAUGAUAAUGACAACUAUUGGGUAUAGAAUACCUUUGACGAGGCUACUCAUCCCUAUACCGUCUCUGUUUGCGCGCUCGGACUUUUCGAAUGUUCUGGAAAUUAGGAAAAAGUCCGAUGAUAUGCGUGUUUAUUACAGAAUAAUUUGGCAAUGCAAACUGGUCAUUCACUUAGCCCGAAAUGCACGCCUCCGCAACAUGACGAAUCAUACAAUGUUAGCGAUGUCUCACGUAGAGGGAUUUUUCUUGCGAUAUUUAGACACGUUGAGCCGAGUCAACUGUUUAUUUCAGAUAUUUAAUUCUGAUGUAGCCCAGAGAAAGUAUCCAGAGAGAUAGACUUCACUGUUUCUCUUUUUUCAUUUUUACUUUAUAAAAACGGAUUCCUCUCGUUCUUUAAACAGUCAUUUUUCAUUCGCGUGAAAGGAUCAUCUACUUUUCUAAUUGGACCAUUUUGGUGUUACAAUGUAGCAGCCCUAAUGUUUUGGUUUGUCGUCAUUAUCCAACGCUUUCCAGUAUUGCAUGCUGACGUCAGAAACACACGGCUAGCGUUUUGCCAGCAGCUCUGUCGAAAGCGUGCGAGCUGUCAAGAGAACUCUGAUUUACUGUAACCUUGAUGAUGCAGGCAGAGCGAAAGAAUGUAACAAUCUUAAACCAUGCAAAGCCAUCUUGGCCUUAGAGUGUGUGCUGUGUCCUAUCUUAUUGUGUGCACAUGCCAUCAAUAUGCUCCACCAUGUCUUGGCACACAAUGGCUGCUUUAUUUAUUUAUUUAUUUUAACCAUUUAUUUAACUGCUUUUGUUGCAGCUAUUCCUAAAGCUGUGCUUUUCUUGAGCUUUAAGGACUUGAUACAUAAUGUAAAGAACAGUCAUAUAUCUAAGUUGAGCCUGUUAUUGUUUGUGGGCAGACUUGGGAAUGGUUUGCAGUUUAAAUGUAUGGGAUUUGAAAGUAAAAAUAGUCUGUAAUGAAUUGAAAGGCGGCCAGUGUCAUUUUUGGUAAAACAUUGCCACUAGGCUGAUACUCUUAGCCAGGGUGUUCGACUAAAUGGCUUCACAAGUGUCAAGUAAUGUAAAUCCAAACAUCCAUCUUAAUAUGAAGCUGUUAUGAAUGAUACAUAAUGUUCUCUGCGGUAGGGAUGAACUUAAUAAAAUCGGUCUUUGUUUCAGUUGUUCCUUCUGGUUCCACUUUUGCCUUUUACUUUAGUUUGUUUUCUUCUCUUUCUUUCUUCACAGCAGAGGCCCAUUAAGAAACCUGCUGAAACAAACUGACCUGUGUCAAUAGCAAGAUAUAUUAAAGCAGAGACGGUGAGCAGACAAACACAUAACUGGAGUGUCAGCAUCAGGCCAGGUGGUGAAGAACUAGUAAAGUGGUAAGAAGAGCGACCUGGCCUGUGACUCAUCCAUGGCAGACCCCAGCCUGACGUCCCCCUCAGAGGCCCCUCUGCGCUCCCCCCGGGCUGCACCCCUUUCCCUCUCCUUCCCCUUCUUGAGGGAGGGCAGCCGUGUGUGGGAAAGGGGAGCGCCACCCCAGCCCCGGUCACUGCCCAGCCCACUGCCCACCAAACGCAACCGCACCUAUUCAGCCACGGUGCGGGCCACCUCAGGGCCAGCGUUUAAGGGCGUGUGCAAGAGCUUCUGCAGGUCACAAGGUCAUGGCUUCAUCCAUCCCUCCAAUGGCGGAGAUGACAUCUUUGUUCACAUCUCGGAUAUCGAGGGCGAGUAUGUCCCAGUAGAAGGAGAUGAGGUCACAUACAAAGUCUCCCGGAUCCCACCCAAAAACCUGAAGAUCCAGGCCGUGGAGGUGAAGAUUGUUCAUCUGAACCCAGGGACGAAGCAUGAGACCUGGUCUGGCCAGAUCAUCAGCCAGCUAGACGAGAGCUAGGCUUCAGCGCUGGCCUGUUUAUCUACACUUGGCUACAGGGAGGGCUAGGGUGGGAGGUUGAGGGGUCUGGCUAGGGCAGGCAGGGACGGCCAACUGGUGCUGGAGAGUCUGUCUAAAUCAGGUGUGCUAGAGCUGGGCUGAAACAAAACUCUAGAUACACUGACUGGCUCCUCAGGACACAAGUUGGCCAUCCGUGAACUAGGAUGUGGUUGGUACAGACUGGAUUGAUAAUGUGAGAAUAUGUUCAACCUGAAGGUACUGAAAAUGGGUGAGGGGACAGAGCAGAGUGGUGGAGGAAAUAGAAUGAGAAAUCCGACACCAUUUUGAGGAGAAGCAUUACUAUUGGUAUGAAAUCAAUAUGAGGUUGGAGAGAAAAUAACUGACAAAGGUUUAGAGGUACAGAAUUGGAAACGUCUGAUUGAGAGAGCGAUUGAGAGAGCAAUCAAGAAGGGAGGGAGAGAUGAUGUCAUGUCAAAAAGCUUAGAAGAAUGAUUUAUAUUUUACUGUGAAUGGAAAAGCCACUAUUAAUAUUUUCGAGGUACACAACCAUCUUUGUAUUUAUAUAUAUUUAUUUGAUCGUUUUGAGGUUACUGGAUUUAAGUUUUGGGUAUUGUAGUCAAACAAAUGCACUUAAAAACUUGAACUUCCAUUCUGAAAUACUGCCGAGCCGACUACAACUCCUAUUAGGCUUUAUCAUGUGGCAAUAUGUAGUCCUGUUUGCAAAUUGUAACUCACCAUGAUGGUAUGAGAAAAUUACUGCAAGGUUUUUGAAACUAUUUGAAACUUUUCUAUUGUCUGAGAGACACUGUAACACACUGUCAAUGGAAUUGAAAUACAUUUUAAUGUUUUUGUUUAAGUUUUGAUAUGAUCAUUUGAUUGUUACUGAACCAUUAUUCAUAUUUGUUUCAUGUCUGCCUAUUAUGUUUAGCAUUUCUCCAUAUUUAGGAAAUUUCUAUGCAUAUUUAUAUCCUUCAUUCUUACUGUUUUGGGUUGUUUUAUUUCAUAUUUUAGUUUUAGUUAAAAUGCUAGGUUUUUCAUUGGUCACAGUUCAGAGCAUUUUCUGUUACACAAGCCACUGUGGCUAUAGUUUACCCUCAUUUCUAUGUGAGCCUUGAAAGAGCACUAAUAACAUUUUAUGAUUCACAAUUGUGAUGGCUUAUCGUUUUUUAAUAUUUAUCUUUGGAGAUAAGAGUGUAUACAUAGUAUGUGACAUUAGAAUGCCAUGCCUAUGCCUUAGUUAUAAUUUCCAUCUGUUGUACAAAAAAAUAACAAGUCACACUUGGCACAAUGAAAUAAAAUAAUUUAUUACAAUGAA